AUGUUGGAUUUGGAAAACACAGCCAGACUCAAAUCAGAUGUUUGCAAGGCGUUUCGAAGCUUGUCCUCGUUCUGCUGCCCCAGGUCGAUGACCCCAGAAAAUGAUGAUUACGAGCCAACUAUCUCGACCGAUCAAAUCCAUUUCCUGACAUCUCUCCUGAUCGAUAUGCGGACAGCUCUUCUGCCUUCCUUGCGACAGUGUCUGAAUGAUCUGGUGCUAUUACUACACCCGUCCCAUUUCCUGCAAGAUCCGCAAGCAAACCUUCGGGCCACCCAUGAGAUCACAUCACAACUCGCCGACAUCAUGGGAAAAAUUAGAUUCGCCGUCUGUACCGUCACCUUCGCACAACUUGAUGUAUUUGAAUUCGAGGACCAUCUCCACGGGAUUGCAAAAAGCCAUAGAACUCAGCCUCUCCUGCACGAAUUGAAUAUGCUCAUGAGUCACGACCUGCGUGUACUAUUCAGAAAACAUGUUAAGUUUAUUCAAGGCUGGAAAUCUUUGAAGGAAGAAAGGGAUGGCACAUAUUCCAGCCAAAGACGCGACAUGUGCCCAGAAACAAAACUAACAUCCGAUCAUAUCAAUAAAAUCGUCCAAUCGCUCGAGAAAUCCGACUUUGGUCUUAUUCAAGCUAGUUGGCAAGCGGUAGUGAAUUCGUACGACCAUGGCUUCGCAGACUUAAUCGAAUACAUCAUCAAAUCAGGUUCAGUCACUAACUCUUCAAUAGCCCCAACAACCACUCGGGUUGAAACUCCACGCUCACGUCUCAGAUCGCUUCUCCAGGCUGCAAUCCCAUUCUUCAAACUAGGCCGGAUAUAUUUAAACAAACUCUCGAGUAAUCCAAUCAGUAGACCACCAUUCACGAUUCAGAGUCAAAUAAGCUCAACAGAACUCAACUGUCCGUCAUUCUGUACCUCUAGUAUCUACCCACCAACUGCCUCUUCCUCGAUCAAACACUAUGUUCAAGAAUCACUUUUCCUUAGUGAUUGAUCAGUUCCGAUUGGCUGCUCAAAACUUUAGCAUGGCUUUAGAAAGAUCUAGAAACUGAUGUUGUGUACUUGAAUAAACUCAAUCAAGAUCCAUCCAUCCAAGCUGGUCACUUUUCAAAACAAUCAUCAAAACAUUUUCCCCAGA